UUGAGGACCACACCCAGACAAAGAUGUCCCUUCAUCAGUUUCUGCUGGAGCCCAUCACCUGCCACGCGUGGAACCGCGACAGGACACAAAUUGCCAUCAGUCCUAACAACCAUGAAGUUCAUAUUUAUAAGAAGAGUGGCAACCAGUGGGUGAAGACCCAUGAGCUGAAGGAGCACAAUGGACACAUAACAGGUAUUGACUGGGCUCCCAAAAGUGACCGUAUAGUGACAUGUGGAGCAGACCGUAAUGCCUAUGUGUGGUCCCAGAAGGAGGGCGUAUGGAAGCCCACACUAGUCAUCCUCAGGAUCAACCGAGCUGCCACCUUCGUUAAGUGGUCUCCGCUGGAGAACAAGUUUGCAGUCGGCAGCGGAGCUCGACUCAUCUCUGUCUGCUACUUUGAGUCUGAGAAUGACUGGUGGGUAAGCAAGCACAUCAAGAAACCAAUCCGCUCCACCAUCCUCAGCCUGGACUGGCAUCCUAACAACAUCCUGCUGGCUGCUGGAUCCUGCGACUUCAAAUGCAGGGUGUUCUCAGCCUACAUUAAGGAAGUGGAAGAGAAACCAGGCCCCACACCCUGGGGCAGCAAGAUGCCAUUUGGGGCUGUGCUAGCAGAAUUUGGAGGAGCAGGAGGAGGGGGUUGGGUCCACUCUGUCUCUUUCUCUGCCUCUGGUAACCGUCUGGCCUGGGUCAGCCAUGACAGCACUGUUACUGUGGUGGACAGCUCCAAGACUGCCAGUCCUUCACAGAUGAAGACGGAGUUCCUUCCUCUCCUCAGUGUCAUUUUUGUGUCAGAGAACAGUCUAGUAGCUGCGGGCCACGACUGUUGCCCCAUGCUGUUCCGUUGCGACGACGGUGGGACGCUGACAUUUGUGUCGAAGCUCGACCUCCCCAAGCAGAGUAUCCAGAGGAACAUCUCUGCCAUGGAGCGUUUCAGGAACAUGGACAAGAGAGCCACCACAGAGGACCGCAACACUGCCCUGGACACACUGCACCAGAACAGCAUCACCCAAGUGUCUAUCUAUGAAGGAGACAAAAGGGAUUGUCGCAAGUUCUGCACCACAGGCAUCGAUGGAGCAAUGACUAUUUGGGACUUUAAGAGUCUAGAAGCUUCUAUCCAGGGUCUCCGCAUCAUGUGAAGAAAUCUUGUGAAUGAAUGAAGAGACGCUGCGGCCUCACUUCUGCCCCUUCGCCCGCCCCAUCUCAGUCCCCACCCCUCCUCCUCCCCCUUCCCCUCCUCCCCCUCCAUGCAACUCAGCCAGUAACAUACACAACUGACCACCUUAUCGAGUGUCUGCUGAAGCACUGACCAGACCCUAACACACUCUUUGUGGGUGUGUGCAAACACUCUCACGCACACUAAAUUAAACACGCAUACACUACACUACACACACACACUACACACACUGAGCUGACGUGUGACAUCACUGUUGAUUUUUUUUUUGUUUGUUUGUUUGUUUUUAAAAUGAAGGUUAACCAUGUGUCAAAGUGGGGAAAGGUCCUCUGACACGUAUUAAAACGUGACGUGAAAAUGUGUGUUUUUAUGUUCUCUAACCUCCUGUACCAAAAGAUGAACACUAAAACGGUGUGUUUUAUCCAAAAAUCAGACUGUAUUUCACCUCAGAUUAACCUUGACAUGAUCUCUGAAUAUCAAUAUUUUUAGUAGAUCGGAGAAUGUGAUGUUUCAACUCGCUGGAAGGAUGGUAAGUAUUCUCCAGCAGGUGAAGUCAUUGUUUAAAGACCGUGUAAAGUGAAUUCAGACAUUUUCUUCUAAACACAUUAAAUAGGUCAUAAAUGUAUUUCUACAAAAGGUGUAAAAAGCAUUUCAACCAUUUAGAUUUGAAUUGUGGAGCUAGGCUUCACAAACUGUUUCAAGAUUUCUGUGUUCAGGAUUUAGUGGGCGGGUCUGAAAAUCACAUCAUAAACCCGCCCCUGCUGCUGUAGAGGUAUAAAUACAUACAGCGCACACUACUACUACAACAGUCUACAAGAAGCCAGUUAGCUCAGUUAGCCACCGAGCUAGCAGCUGCGUUAGCAGCAGAAAGCUCGCAGAAGAGGUGGUGACUUUGAGUGACAGGUGACACUUGGUAGGGGGCGGGGUUUCAGUGAACUCGGCGGGCACGCCCACAGCUUUUGGGAGCAGAGAAAGAGGUGGAUUUUUACACAACUUUGAAGCCUAAUUUCAUAUAUUUGGUGAUUUGUUUAAUCAUUCAAAUUUGGCAGGGUGGUUAACAACACACUUUUCUGUGGUAUGUCAAACUCAGAACACAUAUUUAUUCUUACUUUACACAGACUUUAAAAACUACGCCCCCGGGUUUAUUGAUGUUCUCUGGUCAUGUUGCUGGUUGGCUGUAGAGCGCUGUACAGGAUCUGAUGGUGGAGAGAGAAAGCAGCGGUCUUUAAACCCUGUGCGGAGUCUCGGCUGGCCAGCACUAGACUCUAGCUACUACACUAAAACAACACAAGAUGGAGGAUUUCUAUGUAACUGAGGUAGACAUGAAAUAAAGAUGAAAUACAUUUACAGAA